UGUUCAUUAGCGCCAGUGACAGUACACGUUUCUCUAUUUUCUCUCACGUAAACAAUCGACAGAAAAAAACAAUUUCAGUCUCUUAAUUGUUGAAUAUCGAUGAAGUUAAGGUAAUAUGCACUGCAGGCAGUGUCUGGAUCCUUCAACUCAAUCAAGCCACGGCACGAGCACCCCCUUCAUCAUCACCUCACCACCCACCCAAAGAUGGACCCACACGAGCAGUCAGCGAAGCCUCGAACCGAGAUGGACAUUGAAGUGGACGAAUCGUCACUCCCGAACGAUAACGAAUCACCAGAUCCCCGGUCUCGUACACCAUCAAAGAUUCAGAACGGUCUGGACCAAUAUAAACUGAAUAAUAACCUCGGAGAGGAGCUUCCCCAGCCCUUGAAGUUCAUGGGAAUAUCGAACGGUUCAUCUGAUGAUCCAGCGUCCCCAGGUCGUUUCAAACCCCUCAACGCCAACUUUCCGGCUCCCCAGUCAUCCUCAAGGACCUCUUCCUCCAUCGUCCACGAUCCACAUGACAACGCAGACAUGAGGAACAAUGUGGACUACAUCUGUGGCAUCAAUAAGUGUCCACCGAAGGUCUCCUGCAGCUCCAGCUCAAGCGCUGAAGAUUAUGCGUCGGUUGGGGCUCUCAACAACAUCGGAUGCUGCAUCGGUUCCACAAGCCAGGGGACUUGUGGCUUCCUCAGGCCCAAUAUUAAUGGAAGCAGGGAGACACCUGGCCCCAGUGGCUUACAACGACCCCAAAGAGAUCGACGAGACUCGAGCUCUGGGAACGAGGGAGACAUGUCCGAGGAGGAUUACUGCAUCUACACGUACAAGGGGAAUGAUGAAACUGAUGAGUCUGAUGACAGAGUCAAUCAGAGGGUCGCUGAUGGACAGGAGGCAGCUGGACAGCCGUUGAGUGGGCGAUCCAGUCCGGAGAUGGACUUUUUGGAGAUGGAUUUUGAUCCUGGACCUUCGUGUGAACAGGACACUGGUGACAGCGAUCUCGCGUCCAUCAGUGAGGACAUUCAGAAUAUCGCACUUGAUCAGGCCGAGGAUCCAGUAUUUUUGAAUGAUUUAAGUGGAGCGAAGGUGGUGUCCAAAAGUCCAGCCGGGGCUGAUAGUCGGUGCCGAGAGCAGGAGCCCAAUGUCAGCUGUGAAGUGGAGAACGAAGUUGAUAUGCCCGCGGGGAGCAGUGGGGGGAGUCUUCAGCAGAGUGGACACAGCUCGGCCUCGGGAAUACGAAGGGUAAGCACACCAGGCAUCCAGCGAAAUCCCGGUCUGCCAUUCCGAGAGUCCUACAGCUAUCACAACACAAGUGGUGAUUUGAUAUCUCCAGGUGAAAGUAGAGAUGCUGAUUCUGAACUGUGGGCUGAUGCUGCAGCUGUACCACUGCUGGAAAAUUCAGCUCUCAAUCCCCGAAAAGUGAAUCUUUCUUCAACUCUCUACCAUCGAAUGAUGGCGAAGAAACUGAUGCUCAAUAAACAAACAGCUUUCAACCAAAGUGGUGACUCCAAUCUGGAGAAUGAAUUGUACACCGAGAGAAUUGAUGGCCAUCAACCAGUGGAGAAGGUCAUGCUUUGGACUGAACAAGAGGCAACUGUUAAACAAGUUACGCAGAUUGCAACUUCAGCAUGUGGUGUAACGUCAGCUGUUAAUGCACUUCUCGCCCUGGAUGUUCCGUUCUCCCUUGAGGUCUUAAUCAAGAGUGUAGCGACUAGGCAGAGGGAACCUGGAAGUGCACUACCUAAGUAUCUUGUGAGCAGAUCACAAGCUGGUGCAACGCACAAGGAUCUCAUUCGGGGAUUGUCUCUCUCAACUAAUGGAGCUGUGAUCACAAAAUUCUUUAGUUUUUAUCCGGAGAGGGCUAUAUCGUUGUCGCAUUGGCUGCACUAUUGGAUUUCUCGGGGUGCUGCGCCAAUAGCUACAUUGAAUCUCCAGAAUUAUGGAACAGAAACUAAAAUACCUGAUGCUUGGCAUCAUCAAAUGAUCUUUGGCGUCUGUCAAACUGGCAUUUACUUCACUAAUCCACUUGAAUGCCUUCCGGAACAGAUCGUGUGGCAUCAGCUGGUGAGCCCCAAUAUUCUAUUGAUUCGUCGAGCAGACGUUUUGGCGCAUUGGAAUCCCACUACUGAUUUAACACCACUCACUCAAAUGGAUCAUCGGUGGAGAAAGCUCAAUGUUCUUGGUCAAGUAGUGAAUACAAUCCGUGAAUCUGUGGACCCAAGACGACCAUCAGGACGCGUCACUGGACCCACUCACAUUAGAAUCCCAGCCUCGUACACAGCAGGAAUCACCUUAGUGAUGCGAUCCGAAUCUCCUGCAGCUGACGAACUACUCAAUGCCGAGCAGCUUCCUCUACUCUAGUUCGGCCCUUGCAGAUAUUACUUUGACGGUAACAAAUAGUCGAGUGGACAUCUGACGAAUGGGAGAAGGCAAGAUGCCAGUUAUCACUGACGCAUAGCAGAGAAUUACUAGAAGUUUACCAGUUUGUGGGGGUUAUUGUUCGUUUCAAAUUACAAAAUUCAGGAGGCGAGUGGUCGGAUAAAUAAACAAAUUUUAAUUUUGUUCGAAUAGUGUCAGAUAUUUGUAGAAAUUGUCAUUCUGGCACAUUCGGUGAGACAAAAAAUUGUGAAACCAUUUUUUAUUUACUUUUGAUUUUUUCUGUUGUAGUGAAAGCUUCUCUUCAAGAUUUUUUCUAGUUGUUUGGUGCGGGUAUAGGAAUAAUAACUUGGUGUGGACAUACAGAGUGUACUUGCAGGGUUUUGUUUCUAUCAGUUUCGAACAAGCGAAUGAUUCGUUAACAACAAAUGACUGAAUUUUAAUACCUCCUGACAGAUGUUUGUCUCAAAUAAAAUUAUCGGGGCAUAACAAACUAAAA